CAUACUGUACUGUACGGCAUUACAGUACCCAAGUAGUAUUCAAUUUACACAAUUUUCUUUUCGUGACAGGUUUUCAAUUCUUGUGAUCCCAUAAAGUAUCAUCCCGCAUAGCAUACGAUUACGGCGUGCCGAAGAGAAGUGACUCGACGAUACGAAUGCCACCCGACGACUCUUCCUGGCCUCUGAACCGACGACGGAGACGCCCUCGGAUCUUGUUUGCCGUCACGGGGUCGGUGGCAGCCGUGAAAGGACCGGAAAUCGCAGUCCGGUUGGUACGCGAGCUCGAUUCGGACGUUCGCAUCCUGCUGACUCGGGGCGGAGAAAACUUUUGGAGCAAGGCGAGGGACUACAAUCUGCAGUACUGGGAUACGCUCCAAGGCCUGCUGCGAUCAUCGGGCUCGGAGGGUGAAAAUAACGACGGGAACGGCAAAUGCAGUGAACCAAGGAUUUCAGUGUGUUGUGAGUUUUGGCGUGGCCUUGGGGUUGUUUGCAAGAGAAUGCGCCUCGCGGUUUUGAUCGAUUGGCAUCGGAAUAGCGAGUGAUUUUUAAAAUCGACUGGAAAAUCCUCAUAUUGGUCACGGACUCGUUUUGAUGGCUUUUUCUCGACACAGAUGCUGAUGACGAAUGGAAGGAGUGGAAGAAACUCGGGGAUCCAGUACUCCACAUAGACCUUCGAGGUGAGUGAGAAUCGGGCAAUAUUUAUAGCUUCCACUUGCUAUGAAAUAGCAGGGGAGAAAACGUAUCUGUGUGUGUGUGUUCUGAUAAUUACAAAACAAUAUUCCUCACCCUUUUCGACCCCAAUGCGGUUGCAAUAUAAAUCACACAAAAAAGACUGGGCCGACCUUUUGUUGGUGGCGCCCCUGUCCGCUCACACCCUCGCCAAGAUGGCCCACGGAUUUUGCGACGAUACGCUUUCGUGCGUGGUCCGUGCCUGGGAUUUUGGCCACGGCCCCCGGCCUGGAAAACCCCUACUGCUGGCCCCCGCCAUGAACACGGCGAUGUGGGACCAUCCACUAACGCAAGCGCAGCUAUCGGCCAUACGGGGCUUUUUCGGUGCGACCCCGUCACAACCAGAAAACUUCGGGAAGGGAAUGGACAAACGCGAAUGCAGCGGCGACACGCUUUGCAUCGUUGCGCCCCAGGUCAAGACCCUGGCGUGCGGGGAGGUUGGAAACGGGGCUCUGGCGUCGCCAGACGAAAUUCUCCGCGUCGUUUCGACCGUGUUGGGCAACAACGCUCGCGAUUCUACGGGUUCCAGCUACUAGAUGAAAUCUAGCGCUUCCGAAAUGUCGUAAAACAAGCGAACAGAUCAAUUUGGUAAUCAUCUAAAGAAAUAAGGACACAAAUUCAGACUGAUUGUAUAUGUAUAUUCAAGUUAUUUCACCUUCCGUUCGUUAUUGCACCCUGCUACAUAGCGACCUUGAAAUAAUUUUCGUUGACAGUCGAAUAUAUUUGCCCCUCUUCCGAUAAAUCUUGAGCGGCCGUUCGAAUGUCGGCCUCCGAAACGUCUUUCAUCUGCUCGAUGCACAGAUCGAUCGAGCUUCCCAUCUCGCUGUCGUUGUCGUGUUGUCUCAAGAACUGUAGCACUCGAUCCUUGACCGAGAAUCCCGCGUCUCCUCCCUCUACCUUUGGUUGAAUCGGUUUGUUGUUUCCAAAGGCCAUACCGGUGGUCAUCGGCGCUGCAACAAUGCUGUCGGCCUGCUUGAACUUUUCGGCGCUGUAAAUGACCUCCAACAAGUGGUGGGUUAGCUCAUUCCCCGACGACAACGGUAGGACCGAAUUGGCGACUAGCUGCUUCUUUCCAUCAUAAUCCUUGAUCUGACCGAUCACCUUGACGUAUGUGUGCUCCUUGGCGGUUUGUUGUUUCAUCUCAACGAUCUCCUCCGCGUCGUUGUCGUCCAACCAUUGUUUCACAUCGAGGGCACCGGUCCCGUCCUCGAUCGUGUACAUAAUAUUCGUCGAUUGGACAUCAGCAGAUCGCACGGCGGCGAUGAUCUUGGCGGAGUGUAGCGGGCGGCCGUCUUCUAGCGUGAGCGUAUCGUCUCCCCCCGACUGGUUCGCGCGGGCCUUGAAGGCCAUCGAAAUUGUUAUGGGGAUGAGGGUUUGCUCGUCGUAGUUGCGGCGUUGUUUGGUUGGACUUCCCUGGGAGCCUCCCCCGUAGUUGUUGCCAUUGUUCGAAAMCCCGCCCCCGCCGGUGUCCCCUCCCUGAAAGUCCAUUCCUGAAUUGCAAGCCGGUCGGUAGCUGGGUGAGAGGGCUGUGUUGGGUUCCGGAGAGGAACGACUGAGUACGGUACACCAAAAGAGCUAACGCGUGACCAAUGCAGUGCCAAAUGUGACUUACCGUAGUUCAUGGUGUUCCUUCUAUUCUCGCUUUUUCCUUUGGAUUAAAAUUGCCGUCUUCCU